CUUACUUUUUCUUUUUUUUGGAUGUUCAGUAAAAAUCAAAAUGCCUGGAAGAUUGCUGUUGUGUAAGUGCUUGCCAAAAAAAUGCUGAAAACUAUAAUAAGAACAAUGUUGUACCUAUAGCACUAAUACUACAGUGGCAGAAAAGAGCAGUAACACAAAUUAAGUUAGUCACAGAUCCCCAAGAAGCACAAUAGGAAAAAUCAUGGUCAUAGUUACGCAGGAUAACUGAGAAAUGAAUGUAGAAAAUAGGAGCCAGGUGUUACUGGAGUAGAGCAAUUUUAGAGCUGAUCUGUUAAUAUAGCUUGCACCUGGAAGUUGCUCUCUUUCAGUGCCCCAGACUCAAGUAUGUGUGCAUCUCAGACCAAACUGACUGAAGCAGCUAAACACCUCAUCAGAAAAAUGUGCCCAGCUGGGUGACAGGGCAGAAGAUUCCCCUAGUUCUCCAAGGUGCUGUUGAAAAUGCCAUGUUUUGGUGUGCUUUUUAUUCAGCCUCUCAAAGUGCAGAAAGAUCCAUGGGAGGGAAUUUUUGGCACAGGGCAAACCCCAAAUGAAAAAAAUCAGUCCUCUAUGGUGCAGUUUUGUUCUCCCCCUGUUCCCUAGAGUUCAGGAAGCAUUCGGACAACACUCUCAGGCACAAGGUCUGAAUUUUGGGUGGUCCUGUGCAGACCCAGGAGAUGGACUCGACGAUCCCUAUGGGUCCCUUCUAAUUUGGGAUAUUUUGUGGUUUUGUGAUUCCCCAGACUCCAGAGAUGGUAAUACAUCAGAGGCUGAAUGGAGGAAGGAACCAGAGGCUGGGAAGAGCAGUUGAUUGGUGAGGCAGCCCUGAGACUGCUGCUUAAAUCCGUGGCCUCACAUUUAAACAUUUCCAGGCUUAACACACCCCCCAAGCUUGCUGGGGUACAGCCCUGCCCUCUCAGGACACCUGGUCCUUCCACAGCGCCUCACCCCAGGAGUGCUCGCCCCAGCCCUUCCCUCCUCCAUGACCCGUUUUGCUGGGCUGCCCGUGCCCGCCCCGCCAUGGCAGAGCGUUACCAGGUAACACAAGCAGGCAACAUGGCAGCCUCUGCCCCAGCGGGGGCAGAAGAGCAAGAAGAGCAGAGAGGGGAUGAGGAGGAAGGCGGCAGCGAGGUGGGAAGGAGGCGCCAGCCUCCCGUCUCCUCCCUGUCUGCCUUCAGCUACAUCCCACCUAGGCGAGACGGCCCCGCGAAGCUCAGCUACUUCUACCGAGAGGCCCAGGCAGAGGGGGUUUCCACUUAUGAUUCCAUUUUUAAAAGACCAGAGGGUUACAACAAAAAACUUCACCGAUGUGACAGAGAACACUCAAAGAGUCUUGGUCUUCAUGUUAACGAUGAGGAAGGAAAAUCAAAGAGAGCUCAUGCAAAGGAGAGGUCAGAAGACCAUGGACAUGCCUGGAAAAGGCUCACUGAAACCAAAGCAUUAAAGGACAGCAGAAUCUGGAUUUAGUGUGGAGCCUGAUGGCUAAGGAAGUAUGCAGACACAUUUUUAAACAGAUGCCUUGAAAAUAGAAAUACUGUAAUAGAUACAUAUAUAUAAAUAUAUUUUUCCAUGCAGCAUCUGAAUAAUACACAUUACAUAUAUACAUAUAUAUACACACACAGACAAUCAUAGAGGCAGAGGAUGUCCAAAACCAGAUAAAAUGCAACCUCCAUGUGUUAAUGGCCUCAAAAUUGCAGAGGGUUCAUGGAAUGGAAAGAGGGGAGUAAGGUAAGAGUGGUUGCUUGUAUUAGAUAUGAUAGAAAUGGAAGAAGGAAGAGAGAGAGAAAGUUAAAAUUACUGUAAUUGCUAGGUAAUAAAACUGUUGAAAAUUUGGGACAAAGGCCACUGCUUGUAAUUCAUCUUACUAGCAGCUAUAUAUGCCAGACAUUUCAGUGCACAAUCAUAGUCCCCUUCAACUCCAUCAGAUACUGCAGGGAGCAUUAGGUGCACCCAAGGGAAUCAUAGAAGUGCCCAUUACCAUCCUUGCUCAUGCUCAGCAACAAAACUGUAAAUCUGCACGAGACCAAAAGCCAUGUAAAUGACUAAUGAAAAAUGAGCUUUUUUGUUUAAACUAAACCAAGCUGAUCCCACCACCACCCACAGUCCCAAACCCAAAUCCACCUGUGAAGUUUGUUUAGAAAGAGUUUUUCUGUUAGUGCAAAUCUUAGGUUUUUAACUGAGAUCUUGUGUCCCUUCAGUAUCAGCAAAACUCACUUUCCUGAAAGUUUGCUUGCUAAAGCACACGCUUUUGGGUCAGCAUGCACACUAGCCCUGCUGGGCAGUGCAUGCAAGUGACUCGGCCUGGGAACUGUUCUGAACAGGUGUCCCUUAAUCCAGCCCCUUAAUUAGCGUGGAGGCACAUCAAAACCACAGCUGUUAAAUGUUGCAACACGAUCCUCACACACACACGUGAUGAUGCCCAACACUGGACUUACCCGUAACUAAAUGCAGGUCACGUACUCAACUCCUGCUCCUCAAUUACCUCAAUGGCCCCCACUGACUUUAUAUAAUACUAACAAUUUUAUAAAACAUAAUAAAUAAAAAUGCCCAAAUCAACAUCUCUCUAGUACAGCACUGAGACGGGCGGAAUCCACCACAGUGCACUUCUUUCUUUGAAGAGGAAAAAGCCUGAACCACUGCAAGUUAGCCCUUCGUUCCCUGCAGAGAGCGUGGGUGCACCCAGGGAACCCAGCAGCACAAUCACAGACACAGUUUAGCUGCACAUAAUGCAGUGACUGCAGAGAGAGUGUUUGCACAUGGUUGCUAUUGCUGAUUUCAAGUGUUAACAGUGGUAGAAUUACACACUGUGAGGGCAUGUAAUGGGAUGCUUCCCAGCCAGCUGUUGGAAAAAAUUAUAUCUGCUGAAUACAGAACCCACAAAAAUCAUGACAUGCAGCUCUGAGGAGAAGGGCCUGGGGAUGUUGGUUGAUGAGAAGCUUGAUGUGAGCCAGCAAUGUGCUCUUGCAGCCCAGAAAGCCGCCCAUAUCCUGGGCUGCAUCAAAAGAAGCGUGGCCAGCAGGGCAAGGGAGGUGAUUUUCCCCCUCUGCUCUGCUAUUGUGAGACCCUACCUGGAGCACCGCAUUCAGCUCUGGGGCCCCCGGUACAAGAAGGACAUGGACCUGUUGGAGUGAGUCCAGAGGAGGCCCAUGAGGAUGAUCAGAAGCCUGGAGCGCCACUCC